AACUAGAUUUAUCUCGUCGCAGGGAAUGGUUUCAUCUAUGGUAUAGAUUGGCCUGUGACAGGUUUUCAUGACCACGUCGACCGAGAUCAUGAUGAUCUGGCAAGUGAAGUGGAGCAUUUACCAGGCUAGUCGGAUCAGUUCCGACUGUUGAUCCCUGGAGAAAAAUUGAGUCACCCCGGCCUCGGAAACAGACAGCUAGGUAUCAACUCCAUGCUGCCCAAUAUCGAGUAGGUUAUCUCCUUACCCUUGGCCUGAACUUCAGCCCUCUCUCUGCGAAAUCUUUUCCUAAAAAAUAAACAGGAAACUGCCUGUAUCGUAUCAUCAUGUCUGAAUCUUUAGAAUGCGCGCCGAAAUACCGCAUCCGGCCCGGAACCUUCUUUGAUGUUCCAGCCACGACACGAAUCUAUGCUGCAUCGUUCAGCAACGAACCACUAAUCGACUUCUUCUUUCCUACCAGGAGACAGGACCCUUUGUCCUUCUACACGUGGUCUUGUCGACGAUUUCAGCGUCGGUAUUGGACACCAGGGUAUUCACUGAGUGUCGUGGUUGAUAAGCAUGAUCAUCCCGUCGGCCUAUCGUGGUGGAAGCGACCAACUCAGCCUCUAACACUGCUUCAAAAACUCCUCUCUCCUUCGUUCUGGAUCGGUUCAGUCGUCAACGGAUUUCUCAAUCUUCAAGAAUAUCUCUUCCCAGUCCAAGGUCUCAACAAGAAAAACAUGGAAACCUUUGAACAAGCAUUUUCUGCUAUUGAGCCGCAUGUUCUGAACACCCCACAAAGGCAAAACGCGCAUUACCUCUCUCUGUUGGGCGUCGAUCCUGUUCUGCAAGGAGAGGGUCUUGGCAAGAUGUUGCUUGAAGAUGGCCUUGAGAAGGUAGAUGAUGCGGAUUCAGCGGCUUGGCUUGUUAGUCUGGCGGGUCUGGAGGAGCUUUAUGCGAGAUAUGGGUUUGUCGAGGAGACAAAGGUUGAGGUUGAAGGGCUGCAUGAUUGGAAAGGCGGUAUGGUGAUGGUUAGAGAUUGAUCGGUUUCCGAGGGCAAAGGGAUAACGGCACGAAUAUCGUAGGUUCUCUUUAUUUGUAUUGUUUAUAUGCUAUCUAUUGCUGAGCGCAGAGACGACCAUCAGAAUGGUGUGCAACCAAGACUAGGACCUACUGAAACGAGGCUGGCGGGAGCCCAGGAUGCUUAAGUAUGUUCUAUACCUCAUCUAGUAGACACUGCAUCAAAUACGUGUAAGUAGGUCUCCUGGAGGAGGAACAUAUUACCCGAGUUGGUUCGCCGAAGCGGCACCGAGAUAGCCCGUAGCAGCUAGUUCACACAUUGUAUGGCGAUCACGUUUAAUCCGAGAUCUCCGAAGAGCUUACGAGU